UGUCUGUCCAAAAUGGCGGCCGCGGGCUCGCUGGGACGGCGGCGCUGUCCUGCAGCCUGGCCGCACUAGACCAUGCUCUCCAUCUCCGACGGAGGCGAAGUAGAAAGCUAGUGUGGGGUGCUCAGACGCGUACAUGCGGUGGUUAGCCGAGGCGGCCUUCCGGGGACGCGAGAGGAGAUUUGUGUCGGCGAGGGUGGGCUCCGACCGGAAGCGAGCCCAGGUGUGGCGGUCGGCGAGCAUCGCACGCCAGAGACGGGGAAGAGCUGAGGGUUGGCUGUCCCCGGCCAAACAUCGAGGCUAUUGGUUACUCCCCUUCCAUCCCACCCCUUAAUUUUAUUCUUUUGAAGAGUCUACAUUUCAAGCUGCUAAGGUGGAGAAUGUGAUUCCAGAAGGGGAGUACUCCUCAUUUCAGGUAUCUUACCCUCUAGCUAUUAAUAGGAAAACCAUUUUGAUUCAGGAUCCCAGGAUCUAACGUGAGAAUACAAAGGUUACUCUGUAGCCAAGUCAAAGUGUAAAUCAAAAGUAGCUGUAUUUGGAUUGACACUAAAUUCUUGUAUCUUAACUUAUGAAGCUAGUAGUAUUCUUUAGAGGUCAUAAAAUUUGUGUUACCCUUGCUUUUAAUUAUGCUUUAACAUAUAUAUAUGAGGAAUAAACCUAUUAAAAUUACAGUUUAUGUUUUUAGGUCUUGGUUAAGUUUUCAUCUAUAGUAUAACAAGAUGCAGAGUAAUCAUUAAAUAAUACAUUAUUUUGAAUGAGUCAGUUUGGAUAAUAUAAAUACUUAUGUAAUUUUAAGUUCAGAGAAAUAGCUAACUUUUGGUCUACAGUUUAUUUUUCAAUUUCAACACACAGUAUUUAGGAUAUAGCAGAAUUCCAUGUCUUGCAAAACUUGAACUGUUUGUGUGUUUUUAAUACAGCUUAAUAGUUAUUAGCCCUGAAAGGAGCCUUCAGAUAUAUAAUAGUAUCAACAAUGAAUGUAUCUAAUGGCAACAGGCAUCAGAAAGCUAAAAGAGAUUCCAAGAUACCAUGAAAAGGGGUUGGUAAAUUAUGCCCUAUGCUGUUUUUGUAAGUGGAGAUUUAUUGAAAUACAACUGUGCCCAUUUUUUACAUAUUGUGUAUGGCUGCUGCCAUGCUACAACUACAGAAUUGAGGAGUUGCAACAGAGUUCAUAUGGCUAAUAAGUAAAAAAUAUUGAUUAUAUUGCCCUUUACAGAAAAAGUUUGCCAACCCUUGCCAUGGGACGUAUUCUUCAAGUUCCUUUAAAAACAUGCUUAUCAAUUCUAUUAUUUCUUAACCCAGUAGUUCCCAAAUUGUGUUUUAUAGAAUAUUAAUAUUCUCUUAAGUUAAUAAGUGUUCUGAGAAAAAAGGUUUUUUAAUAGUUUAUCUUAAGAUAUAAGUUUAAGACUACUAAACUCAUUUCUAUAGCUUUUAUUUUUAUGUGAUAAUCUACCUUUAAGAAAAGGUGUGCCAUACCUGAGAGCACCAGGAAAUCGCAUGAGAGAUCACCUGAUAGACGAACGUGUGAUGCUCCAUCUGCGCAUUGAUGCAUAGGCAGCAUUUACAAAUUAACUGAUGUGUUGCUAUAUAUCAUCUCUUUGAUGAUUGCUCAUCUUCUAUGUAUCCUGUCUUAUAAUUUCAACAAAUUUGUGAUACUCAAUGUUUAUUCUAAACUAACCAUGUUUUGUACCACAAAUACAUUGCCUAUGGAUCUAUUGCCGAAACAAGGAAGUCUUAAACAAGAAGUAGAAUCAUUUUAUCAAAUUGUGUCUGAAUCAAAUGAUCAAAAAGUUGGAAUAUUACAAAGUGAAGAUGAACAGUUGCAGCCAUCAGUUUCUAAAAAAUCAGAAGAUGAGCUUUCCAGGGUUCAAUUUAUGUCCACUUCCAACAAAAUAACAUUUAGUAAGAAACCAAAAAGAAGAAAAUAUGAUGAAAGUUAUUUGUCUUUUGGAUUUACUUACUUUGGAAAUAGAGAUGCACCUCAUGCUCAGUGUGUGUUAUGUAAGAAAAUUUUAUCAAAUAGCUCUUUGGCCCCUAGUAAGCUUCGAAGACAUUUGGAAACGAAACAUGCUGCAUAUAAAGACAAAGACAUAAGCUUUUUCAAGCAGCAUCUUGAUUCACCUGAAAAUAACAAACCCCCACCACCUAAAAUUGUUAAUACAGAUAAUGAAAGUGCUACAGAGGCAUCGUACAAUGUAAGUUACCAUAUAGCCCUGAGUGGAGAGGCUCAUACUGUUGGUGAAUUGCUUAUCAAACCUUGUGCAAAAGAUGUCGUGAUGCGGAUGUUUGAUGAACAAUACAGUAAAAAAAUAGAUGCAGUGCAACUAUCAAACAGUACUAUUGCACGCCGAAUUAAAGAUCUAGCUGCUGACAUUGAAGAAGAGCUUGUUUGUAGACUGAAAAUUUGUGAUGGGUUUUCGCUGCAGCUAGAUGAAUCAGCUGAUGUUUCAGGACUUGCUGUGCUACUUGUGUUUGUUCGUUACCGGUUUAAUAAGUCUAUUGAGGAAGACCUACUGUUAUGUGAAUCUCUGCAAAGUAAUGCUACUGGUAAAGAAAUUUUCAACUGCAUCAACAGUUUUAUGCAGAAACAUGAAAUUGAAUGGGAAAAAUGUGUUGAUAUUUGUAGUGAUGCUUCUAGGGCAAUGGACGGGAAAAUUGCUGAGGCUGUCGCCUUGAUAAAGUAUGUGGCUCCAGAAAGUACCAGUAGUCACUGCCUAUUAUAUAGACAUGCACUAGCAGUUAAAAUAAUGCCUACAUCUCUAAAAAAUGUGCUAGAUCAGGCAGUACAAAUCAUCAAUUAUAUUAAAGCUCGACCACAUCAAUCCAGACUACUAAAAAUUUUAUGUGAAGAAAUGGGUGCCCAGCACACAGCACUUCUUCUAAAUACAGAGGUGAGGUGGCUUUCCCGAGGUAAAGUUCUUGUAAGACUUUUUGAGCUUCGUCGUGAACUAUUGGUUUUCAUGGAUUCUGCUUUUCAACUGUCUGAUUGUUUAACAAAUUUAUCUUGGCUCCUAAGACUUGCAUAUCUUGCAGAUAUUUUUACUAAAUUAAAUGAGGUUAAUCUGUCAAUGCAAGGAAAAAAUGUGACAGUGUUUACAGUAUUUGAUAAAAUGUCAUCAUUGUUAAGAAAAUUGGCGUUUUGGGCCUCAUCUGUAGAAGAAGAAAACUUUGAUUGUUUUCCUACACUAAGUGACUUUUUGACUGAAAUUAAUUCUACAGUUGAUAAAGAUAUUUGCAGUGCCAUUGUGCAGCACCUACGGGGUUUGCGCUCUACUCUGUUAAAAUAUUUUCCAGUAACAAAUGACAAUAAUGCUUGGGUUAGAAAUCCAUUUACAGUAUCUGUGAAACCAGCCUCAUUAGUAGCACGGGACUAUGAGAGCCUGAUUGAUUUAACAUCUGAUUCUCAAGUGAAACAAAAUUUCAGUGAACUUUCCCUAAAUGAUUUUUGGAGUAGCCUAAUUCAAGAGUACCCAAGCAUUGCAACGCGUGCAGUUCGUGUACUUCUUCCUUUUGCUACAAUGCACCUGUGUGAAACAGGAUUUUCAUAUUAUGCUGCAACAAAAACGAAAUAUCGGAAAAGGCUUGAUGCUGCACCUCACAUGCGGAUCCGACUUAGCAACAUUACACCUAAUAUUAAGCGGAUAUGUGAUAAAAAGACACAAAAACACUGUUCUCAUUAAAAUUGAAGGGUUUUGCAUGUCUCAUGAUAACCAAAUAUAAGAUGAAAAUAAAAGAUGAUUUACUUUAUAUCUGGCAUUUUGGGAUUUUAAAUAAAAUUAUUCAAGUUUUUUA